AUGUUGUCGAGAAACGCAGCUUUGAGUGCUUUUUUUAUCUUCUACAAUAUUAUUUGUGGACAUGGAGGACCUCCACAAAAAAUUACUGGUGGUUUUUACACAGUUGAAGACGAAUUUCCUUAUUUAGUUUCACUGCAAAAUAAUGGACAACAUACAUGUGGUGGAGCAAUUAUAAGUGAACAACAUAUAUUAACAGCAGCACAUUGCGUUCAUAGGGCAGUCUAUCCAUACAGUAAUUUAGUUGUACUUUCUGGAACAAAAAGUUUAUUGGAGGGUGGACAGAGGCACGCGAUAAGUCAAGUAAUUGUUCAUCCUUCGUUCAUUAUGAGUGGGCAGUAUUCUUUUCCUAAUGACGUUGCAGUUUUAAAGUUGUCUGCACCAAUGGUAUUCAAUGUACACCAGACGAAGGUACAACUUCCCAGUUACAGUGUAAUUGAAGGGACUUAUGGAACACUUGCUGGUUGGGGCUAUCGAACAACUUAUUCAAGGCAACCAUCCCUCUUCCUCAAUAAAGUCAUUGUAGAAAUAUUGCAUGCCACAAAAUGCCAAAAAUACAUGGGAAAUCAAUUGUAUUUCGAACAAAUAUGUGGAAUUUAUUCCCAAGGUCAAGGAGCUUGUAACGGCGAUAGUGGAGGUCCUUUAGUGGCAAAUGGACAAGUCGUUGGUAUUGUAUCAUGGGGUGGUGAAUUAUGCGGUGCUGGUAAUCCAGACAUCUACACUAAUGUAUAUUCCUACCUAAACUUUAUUCGCCAGCAAAUGAUAUGA